GGUCUGGUUUUAAAGGUUGUGCCUUUUUCUCGUUUAACUACUAUAAUUGGCUUGUACUGAGAAUAUUUUUUUCCUGGGCUUAUAACAAACUUUGCAAUUCCUUUUUGGGUUACAACCAUUUCCUAUCGGUUUGGUUUCCUGUUUCCAUGGUAUUCGGGUAUGGGAAAGUCAAACAAUCUCCGUGGUUGGUUAAGGUUUCUCUAUGUGAUUUUUGCCUUCUGCUCAGCUUUCUUCCUGGGAGCUCUUAAAGGGCUGUUGGUGGGGCCUAUUGCUGCUUCUGUACUAAUAUUAGGGAAUGUUGCAGUAAUUCUGGGAAUGUUUCCUCCACAUAUUUCCUGGACAUUCUACACCCUUGUGAAGACAGAUAGGUUUGACAUACCUCUUAAAGUGGCCCUCUUGCUUGCUUUGCCUGCUUUAUUUGUUAUAUGGUUGGGUUUAAGCAUAGCUGGGACAGUUCUUGUGGGACUGGGGUAUGGGUUCUUUGCUCCCUGGAUUGCGAGUUUUGAGGCCUUUAGGCAUGAUGAUGAUGAUGAGUUCAAGACAUUAUACCAUUGUGUUGUGGAUGGAACUUGGGGAAUUAUUAAAGGCAGCUGUACUGUAGUUACCGAUUUUGCAGAUAUUUGCUGCCAUUCUUACCCCCUCUAUUUGAAGGAGUUGCGAGAAUCCUCUGCUUCAAAUGAAAUUCGAACUCUUAGGUUAAUUCAUGUGCCUGGAUGUAUCAUUGCUGGGCUGGUGGGGCUAAUAGUGGAUGUUCCUAUCUUUGCUGCAAUUGCUAUAAUUAAGAGUCCAUACAUGCUGUUCAAGGGCUGGUAUCGACUGCUGCAUGAUCUAAUUAGCCGAGAGGGCCCAUUUCUCGAAACAGCUUGCAUUCCUAUUGCGGGCUUGACAAUCCUUUUGUGGCCACUAGUUGUUGUUGGGAGCAUCUUAGUGACCAUUUUCUCAAGCAUUUUCAUUGGAUUGUAUGCAUCUGUUAUAUUAUAUCAGGAAAGAUCUUUCUGGCGAGCUGUGGCUUAUGUGAUUGCAAUGGUUGCAGAGUUCGACGAGUAUACAAAUGACAGACUUUAUCUCAGAGAGGGAACUUUCCUUCCAAAGCCCAAAUAUCAAAAGAAAGGGACCUCUCACUCAUCUGAGCUUUCUGUCGGAGGAAGCCUUGCCAAAUUUAGUUCUGUUCAUGUAGAGGCUCCUGCGAUGCUUGUGCCAAGCUUUGCACAUUCAAAAUCAGUUAGGGAGACAGUACAAGAAGUGAAAAUGGUUCAGGUAUGGGAAGUAAUGAUGAGAUCAUGCGAAAUGAGGGGCAGGGAUCUUUUGGAUUCUGGUGCAAUAACACCGGCUGACCUCAGUAACUAUUUGAAGGCCAGGGGCGGCAAUGAAGCAUCCAUUAUAAGUGUUGGCUUGCCUUGUUAUUCAUUUUUGCAAUCCCUCCUGAAUUCCAUUAAAGCUGGUUCAGAUGGUUUUCUGCUUUCUGAUGGUACUGAAAUAACAAAUCAUAAUAGACCAAAUGACAAAUUGUUCGACUGGUUCUUUCAGCCGCUGAUGGUCCUAAAAGAGCAAAUAAGGGUCAUUAAAUUGGAAGAAGGUGAAGAAAGGUUCUUGCAGAGAGUAGUUCUUUAUGGAAAUGAUACACAACGCAUGGAAACUUGGGAUAAUGGCAGUUUGGUGCCUCAAGAGGCUCUGCGAGCUGCUCAAAUACAGGGCAUCACCAGAAGGAUGAUAGGAAUGAUUAGAGGUAUAUCGAAAUUUCCCACUUACAGACGGAGAUUUCGCCAGGUUGUGAAGGCUUUGAUAGCAUAUUAUACGGAGAAGGAGGGUGUUAUGAGAUCCAGUUCCGUGCGAUCAGUAGCUAGCAUUGAAAAUGUAUAGGCCAAAGCUCGACUCUGUCCCUUCUUGGGUUGAACAAAAACCCAUUGUUUUGUGAAUUGCAAUGGGUUUUUUAAUAGGUACUCUUUACAUCGCUGUAUAAUAUUCUCAAAACAUCACUCUUGAUGGAUUUUGAAAGCCUCCAUUAAAUUUGAAGCCAAGGGCCCUCGUUGCCAUCCGCUCCAC